UAUUCCCCUGUAAUUUUGGCUAGGGCUCCUCAAUUGGCCGCCAAGGAUCUUCAAAAAUUUGGCCACAUUAACACAAGCGAUUUGGAAGCUCAGGUAGCUUAUCUCAUCUUUAAAGCAGAAAGUGUUCUAAGUCCCAUAAAAAAGCCUACUGUAGAAACAGUUGUAGGCGUAUUCUCAGUU